CAUGUCAUCACGUCAGAGGCCGUGACGUCAGAGGCGGUGUCCUGCCGGGGAGCUUUUAGGAGGCUCCGGUUCCCGGUGGGUCGGUGACAGUCCGUGUCUGUCUGCGGAUCGGUAUCAUGAGGAGCGCGAGGACACUGCGGCAGCUCGUGCUGACUGUCUCCAAACGGAGUCUUCAUCAUCAUCAUCAUCAUCACCAUGAGCGGUCCGCGGGGAUCAUCGGAGCUCCUUUCUCCAAGGGACAGCGCAGAGGAGGCGUGGAGAAAGGACCGGACCUGAUCCGAGCUGCAGGACUGCGGGAAAAACUCCAGGCACAAGGCUGUGCAGUGAAGGAUUAUGGGAACCUCACGUUUGAGGAGGUGGCCUCCGACGAGCCGGUGGGGCGGGUGAAGUGCCCGCGGGCGGUGGGCAGCGCCAACCAGAGGCUGUCAGAGGCGGUGCAGGCUGUGAAGAAGGACGGACACACCUCAGUGAUGCUGGGAGGAGACCACAGCCUGGCGAUCGGCUCCAUCCACGGUCACUCGGCAGCGGUCGGGGAGCUGAGCGUCGUUUGGGUCGACGCCCACGCCGACAUCAACACGCCGCUGACGUCGCCGACCGGGAACAUCCACGGCCAGCCGAUGUCGUACCUCCUCCGUGAGCUGCACUCAAAGAUUCCCGCCCUGCCAAACUUCUCGUGGAUCAAACCGUGCGUGUCGGCCAGAGAUCUCGUCUACAUCGGUUUGAGAGACGUGGACCCGGAGGAGCAUUACAUCCUGAAGCUUCUGGGCGUGAAGGUGUUCUCCAUGUCCGAGGUGGAUCGGCUCGGAGUGGCCCGGGUCAUGGAGGAGACGUGUGACUACCUCUCUGCCAAAGUGAAGAAGCCAAUUCACCUGAGCUACGACAUCGAUGCUAUUGACCCACUCGUUACCCCGGCGACUGGGACACCUGUGGUCGGUGGGCUCACCUACAGAGAGGGAAUGUACAUCACUGAACACCUGAGUCAGACAGGUCUGCUGUCGGCGGUGGACCUGGUGGAGGUGAACCCUCAGGGUCGGACCGAGGAGGAGGUCAGUCCACGGUGAGGACGGCCGUCGACGUGCUGCUCGGGAUGCUUCGGACGCCUGCGUGAGGGAAACCACCCAGCUGAUUACCUCAUGCCUGAGCCGGGACGGGCCUGAGCCGAGACGGGCCUGAGCCGGGCCUGAGCCGGGCCUGAGCCGGGCCUGAGCCGGGACCGACCAUCAGAUUUUAAUUUUAAGAACUUUAAGAACAUGAUUAUGAGUUUAACCUUCGUGUCGUCCUCCCGGGUCAAAUUGACCCCGUCUGUUUUGACUGUUCCUUUUUUCCUCCCUUCCUUCCCUCCCUCCUUCUCUCUUUCUUUCCUCCCCCCUACCUUCCUUCCUUCCUUUUCCUUUCCGCCUUUCCUUCCUUCAUUUCCUUCCUCCCUUUCCUCCCUUCCUUCCCUCUUCCUUUCCUUCUCUUCCUCCCUUCCAUCCUUCCUUCUUCCCUCCCUUCCUUCCUUGACUCGAGGACAACAGGAGGGUUAAAUAAUUGCAACUUUGUUUCAGAUAAAUCACGUUUUGAUUAACACAGAUACGACUGAUCUGAAUCUCGGAUCGGCAACAACCAAAGAAACAAAAGAUCAAACUUCUGCUGCUCAGGACUCAGAGUUUUAACACUUCACUCCUCACUGACUUCAUAUCUGGGUCCCAGCCAGCAUGUCCAUGUGGGCCCCUAAAUGUACAUAGAACUACUUAUUAAAUUACUUUAUAUCUGCACAUAUUCAUAUUCAUCCAGUGAGGGUUUCUUUUCUCCUAGGAUGGUGAAGUCAUGAUCUUACCCUUCCUGCUCAUGUCUUUACCAUCCUAGGAAAAGAAAUGGAGGGAGUUAUGACAUCUAGCAAAUCAUCUGUGGAGUUUAACAGCUGAUAGAAAGUUUAGUUUCUCUGUUGUUCUUCUCACCGGCAGACAAACACACAAGUUUAAAAACAGGAAUUUAACAAAACUAAAUGUGGGCUACGUGGGUUCUGAGCGGGCACGGGAUUGAACUGGGCACAUUUUGCGGGUCCCACAUGGUUUCAGUAACAUGAGCUGACUGUAUGAGCCUCAUAAGGGACGUAAGUGGGCCAACAGGCAUGGACAUAAACAGGGCAAACUGUUUGGGCCCCAUAUUGUGUCAGUAACAUGGGUCCCACAUGUAAAGCCCAUGUGGGCUAAUGGGCCCAUUUAAGGUCCAUUCUGAUCCCACUUAGACCCCAUAUGGGUAAACAUAUGGGGUCUACAUGAGUCUCAACCAGUUGGGCCCCACCUGAAACCCAGUCAGAACCCACUUGAAGCCCAUAUGGUUAAACACAGGUGGGGUCACCAUGGAAACUGCAGACAAACCCACUUGGGUCCCAUAUUUGCCCAAAUUGUACCCACAUGGGCACGCUGGCUGGGCCCAGCUUGAGUUAAACAGAUUGACUGUUUAUGAACACAUCUCAUCACAAGGUCCAUUUAGUCACUUUACUGGAGCUUUCCAUCAUAUCACAGUUUGCUCAGAUGUCAUUCAAUUGUAGAUGAUCAAAUUUCCACUUUUUAAAAUUGAUUUUUAAAAGUAAUUUAAAAGAAUUGAAAAUAAAAUUAGAAUAAAAUGAAAUCACAAAAGAGUGUUUUUUAUAUUUAACAUAAAAGCCUCCUGAUGUCAGUCCUGCAUGUCAAACAUUUAUAAACUUGAAAUAAAAACAAAUCAGAACAUUU